CACAUUGUACAUGUAACCAGUAUUUGGUUUUGUUUAACUUUUUCUCGUUGUGUUACAUUGCUAUUGACUGUGGAAACAACGAUUGUCUGGAGUUAGUUGAACGAAUCAGAUUCGUUCAGCUUUCCAAGGCUCCAGCCAUUGCCCUCUCAUCAAGGAUCACAUCGACCACAUCCUUCAGUUAAUUUAUGUAGGGCUGAACACCAGACAAGCACAAGCAAUUGGACUAUGCAACAGACCCGAAAAUGUGAAUGGCUUCCUUGGAAGGCCCGUUUUGUUCGAUGGCAAACCUACAGGAACCGGCCAAGGUGCCAAGGCAAAGGUUUUGUUGGGUUUCUGGUCUACGGUUUGGAGGGAGCUGUGUAGACGCCAGCUAUCUAGUAGUACAUAUAUGCAGCCACAUGGCCCUAAGACGAUAGCUAUCACGGAAGGGUUCAACGUAGAUUGCAUGCUGAACAGAGCCUGCCGCAGAUGUGGAGCCAGCAGGGCUCUUGGCAAUUGGAGUCUUGCCAUACCGACCUCAGAUAUUCUUCAUGUUCUGCAGGUUUUGCCUGAGUCGGCUUCCUAGAUGUGCAGAAUGAACCCCGCUUCUCGGUGAUUCUGCAUUCCUAGGCAGACGGCAAGCACCCAUCCGACAAGCCAGCAGCGAUGGCAUUGAUGUACGCGGCCGUUCGGUUCGAAAGAGCGUGUGCCAGGAAUCAAGGAGCAAACGCUCAGCAGUAGCUGAGCAAACCUUGAGCUAAGCAGUAGCAUUGCAGUCUAUUGCAUCUAUUGCUCUGGUGAUUCAGCCAAUGUCAGGACGCGCAUCAUCUCGGAGGUGGAACUUUCUACGGCUACGGAAAACAUUUACAAUAACUCUCUUCAGCACACCCUGCAUGUAUAAGACAAACCACAUCACUUGUUUUUCAAGACAGACGACCUGCAUUUCCUUUUGGAGCACCAAGUAACCACCAUGUCCCCAGCCCCAACGACCCAGCUAUUUCACAAGCAUUACUUCGCCCAAUCGAUAACUGGGCAAGGGGACCACAGCAGCGCUCACUGUCCCAUUUACGCUCAGCCAUACUGCCAACUCAGAAGGAUUUAUAAUUGUCGCAAGACAUAUUGAGACAAUGGCGGAAGCCAAUCUCAUCCCGGCGCUUAAGAAAACACGUGUCGCUCAAAGGAUGGACUUCCAACACAGCCAAUCAAACCAAGAAACUUUCCAAACCGCCUAAGAUCAGAAUGAUUACCAGCUCUCGCUAUGGGGUCAUGUCAGCGUGAAAUUAGCAUUCCUGAGAUGACAGACAUCUAAUCUGAUUAACACUGUAUGUUCAAGCACGAAGUUCUUGAUCUGAUGCGACCUGCCUUGAUCAAGGUAAAACGCAGUUCAGUGCCAGUAUCACACUUUCAUGACCCUCGCUUUGCUUCUGUAUUUUGGUGUUCUCAAAAUGAUUCAUCAAUAUUCAUCAUACAUGUACAUCUCGAGUCUCAGAAAUUACCAUGACAUAUGUAUAUAUAUAUAUAUUUAAUGGGUUGGGUCGCUAGGUGUCACUAUGACUUCUGUUGCUGAACUCAUUCUCUUACCCCCUUUAUACCCGCGAUGAAUGGGUAGGUAGCAAGGGAUAUGCGGCUUUUUCAGUGGACCGCUUCGUAAGUCGUGGGACGGUCACAUCGGGUUACAGUAGCUGAGGAUGGACAUGGGCUGGCAAUCCAACCAGGGUGGUGGUAUCCUGGCAAUCCACCUGAACCAGCGAUAGCGACCGACAUAAGCAUUGAUGAAGGAAGGCAGGAAGGCAGGAAGAACAUCCAGUUGACCCCUUGAAGUGGGCAGUCUAUCCACAUGUAUCCACCUGAUCCCUGAUGCUCGGAAACAUGUUUCAGUUAUUUGUCAGCCAUCCAAGCUUUGGCCAAGACAUAGUUCAUGCCGCAUUGAUGCCUCCUCCAGGCGCUUAUGUAGAGGCACAACUAGGUACUACAUAUUGAUUCUCCGGUGUGUAGUAACAAAGGUCAUCGCUACGAAUGGAGCAAGGACGCUACUAGGGGCUCCUGGCAUCGCUACUGGGAGCAGAGAUGCUACUAGGGGCUCCUGGCCUUACUACUAGGAGCAAGAAGCUACUAGGAGCAAAGGGCAUCGCUACGAACGGAGCGAUCGGACGCUACUACUGUGUAGGGGUCCCAUGUCUCCAUCACCACUUGCCAAGCGUCAUUCCGAUGCUGGGAACCAUACGCUUUUCGUUUUUUUUGCUUUUGUUUUAACCUUUUUGCCUGGAACUCUUGAACCCUGAAGACUUCGAACUCUUGAACUCUGGACUUUGCGACUGUGGAACCAGGCUUCCUGACAACGCAGCUCCCUGAAACUCUGGAACGCUAGGACUCAGGAACCGCAAGUUCUUGUUAUAUAUUUUUUUCGUUUUGGAGCCGUCCUUGGAUCCCAUCAAGCUGCAUUGCUUGCCUAGCGGCCUAGCCCUCCUAAUAGAAUAUGUUAGUAUUUUCCAUUUGGUAUCGGGUUGGUGGUGAUAAGAGACGGAGCUGCCGCAUGGCCCCGCAUGGCGGUAAACCUCGUGGCUUUCUUUGUGGUCCAAGAUGCUAUCUGGGAUCUAGGUUGGUGUAAUGUCUUGUGCUUUGGGGGGGCACUUAGUUUUGGCAAGUGUUGACCAUUCCUCACAUCUGUCGGGAAGGAGGUGCAAGUGGCCUUUUCUCUUACGGCUCUUGAGAGCUCAUUUUGGAUUUGGCAGCUCGGAGGCCGACUUGGAACAGGUGAAGUGGGAUGUGAAGAACCGGGCUGAUUCAGAUGUGACAGAUGCUUAUCUCAAGAUCAUUGAAGAAGCGGCACAAUGCACAUUUCCAGAGGAGUGGGAUGCUCAACUCUUGGUGGACUGUGGGGUAACUGCUGAAGGGCAACGAUUGGUGAUGUUUACUCCAGGUUUUCUCCGGCCCAUCCUGUCUGAUGACGAUGAGUUGGAUAGAGCCUUUCGCUUCAUCCUCAAGCAUAUGCACGACAUUGCCAUGCAGAGCAAGUAUGUUUUUGUCUAUUGCUGCCUUGGCAUGGACUGGUCCGCACCUGUGCUCGCAGAAAGACUUCAAAUAGCUUUUGACAUAUUGCCAAGAAAAUACACAAAGAACCUGAAGAGGUUCUACGUUCUGCACGGGAACAAUGCGACCCGUGUGACAAUGUGGUCCUAUUAUGCUUGGUUGACACCGCAGUUCUGGGAGAAGAUCGAGUAUGUGAAUAGCAUUGAGAAGAUUUGCGAGGAUCUUUUUCCAAACAAUGACGCCCUGCAAGCCGAGUUGCGCAGACGAUUUCCACAGGUCAUUCAGCGUCAAGAUGCUACUUUGAACGGUGAUGAUCCUCCUGUAAACUUUGGCGCUCCUAUUAGGGCAAUUUGCAACACCUUUGGCGUAGACUACAUGGAUAAGACAACUGGCCGUUGGUAUCCCAAGCUUCCACCUGCAGUCAUUUUCUUGUGCGAGGCUCUUGAAAGGUCAGCUGCUGAUGAAGAAUUCGGACGUCUUUUUGAUGUCGAUGGCAAAAUCUUUGACUUGUUGAAUAUCGUGGACACGGGCAAUCCUUUGCCCCGCGACUUGGACCCUGCCUUGCUAUGGUGCUGCCUGAAGGCAUGGUUGGACUGUUUGCCAAGUCCGCUUCUUUCCUUUGAGGCAAUGGACCGAUUGGAGAAAGACCCGAUCCAGCCAGGUGACGUCGGAAGCCAGAGAGAUUUCUUGGUGGAGUUGUUCCACAAGAAGCUUCCAAAGGAAGUUGCUUUUGUAGCUCUAUACCUUGCGUCUUUCCUUCACACAAUGUGCAACGUUGCGCAAGAUCGCCUUGGCGGCAAAUCGGAUGCAGCAGCAGCUGACCUUCCAGUGAUGCUGACGCCAGCGACUGCCUCCAAGGCCUUUGCCUCCGGAUUCUUAAGACCUCGUGCUUUCACGCCUGAGUUCUUGAAGGCGUUGCCGUCGGCAGAGUCAUUGAUAGCAACGUUAAUUGAAAGUGCCGAGGAAAAAGAACUGUGGAUCGGAGGGCCCCCGCCAGACUGGGCCAAGGGAGCUGAAAGUAGCGAAGAUCAAAGUCCUUGAGCUUUGAAGUUCGAUCUAAAACAGAUUGAGCUACUCUACAGGUGCACCUCAACUCAAUGUCUCAUUCUGCCUGGAACCCUGGGCUUCUGCCUGAAAAAGGGCUGCAGAUCCUGUAGAUGUUUAUGAUUUAUGAUUGCUUUUGUGUCGGAAAAUCCUUCUCUCAAGCGCAGAGCUUGUGAAUAGUUUGAGAGCUGACAAAGUGCGGUUCACCCACUCAAAGCCAAUGCCAAAGAAGCGAGCGAA